AUGAUUUUGAAAAACUUGGUCUUUGGAAAGGGUACUUGGAGAAAAGAUUGGAUUAAAGCCAAGGCAAUGCGUAUAGUUCUUCAUGCUUCCCCCAAAUGUUCAGAUGUUGGGUAUCAUGAAUCCAAUGUUCUGAGUGAUAGAUGUAUCUGCUUCAGGGCCAAUUACGACAAGAAGACAAAACUGGAGGCAGAAGUUGAAUGUUCCAAAGAGAAGGGUUCCAUUGUUCAAAUUGAAUCAGGUCUCAAACAUGAUGCAAUCUUACAGUUUAUUCAAGACGAAACCCAACCUGGAAGUGCGUUUCUUGUUGAUGGAAGUGACGAGGCUGUCGAAGACAACUGGCGUCUUUCUGACGGCAGACCCCUCUACGUGGUAUGGAGAGCCGGUGAGCCAGCUCAAUGCUGUAAACGUUACGAACAUUGCGUUGAGAUAUAUAAUGACGGGACAACCAAUGAUAUACAAUGUUCUUUGAAAUUGCCAUUCCUAUGUGAAAAACAUUGUUAUGACGCUAUAUGA